AUGUAUCAAAAUAAAUUAUUUCUAAGUUUUUGUUUACUAAUAUUCAUAGUUAUUAGUAAAUCUUAUUCAACUCCAUUGGAUGAUUAUGUUCGUGCUGAAGAUCCUCAUUUUGGUUGGAGUUUAAUACGUACCUAUGAAGAAAUAGAUUAUAAAUUAUACGUACUCAAUUUUACUUCACAAAAAUGGCUUGAUGAAACAUAUUCAUCACGACCUAUAUGGUGGCAUUAUCUUUGUAUUACUGUACCAAAUAAAAUAACACGACCUAAUUCUGCUUAUAUGCUUAUUGAUCAAGGAAGUAAUAAUGAUCGUAUUCCACAACCACAAGAUGAUUUUGUUGCUUUAACAGCAAUGGUUGCUGUCGGUAUUGGAAGUAUUGCUGUUGAUCUUCAAGAUGUUCCAAAUGGACCUAUUCGUUUUACAGGAGAUCCAACAAAUCGAACUCGUGGAGAUGAUGCAUCAAUUGGUUGGACAUGGAGAAGUUUUAUUGAAAAUUCCUCAAAUAUUUAUGUACCUUUAAAUUUACCUAUGACAAAAGCUGCAUAUCGUGCAAUGGAUGCUGUUCAACAAUUUACAGAUAAACAAAAUAUUACUACACCACAAAAAUUUGUUGUUGCAGGUGCUUCAAAACGUGGAUGGGCAACUUGGUUAACUGCUGCUGUUGAUACUGAGCGAGUUGUUGGUGCUAUACCUAUUGUUAUGGAUGUAUUAAAUUUUCGAACUAAUUUACAUCAUAUGUAUAGAUCUUUGGCUGGUUGGACAUUUGCAUUUAAAGAUUAUUAUCAAUUAAAUAUAACUCAAUUUGUUGAUAAUGAAAAUAUGACAAAAUUAUCUGAAAUUAUUGAUCCAUUAUAUUAUAUUGAUCGAUUUUCUAAAAUGAAACUCUUACAAAUUCAAGCAACUGCUGCUUUUUGGAAACAACUUCAAGAUGCUACAGGUGGAUCAUAUCUUCGGCGUAUGCCAAAUGCUGAUCAUGUCUGUGUUGGUCAUAUAACAAGUUUAUUUUUUACAAUGAGAAGUUUUUACAUGAGUAUUUAUGAUAAUCGACCAUUACCUAAACUUCAAUGGAUAAAAACAUCGAAUAAUACUCAUGGAUAUAUUCGUGCAACUGUAGAUUUUAGUGUUGGACCUCGACCAAUAAGUGCUUAUGGUUAUCGUGCUCGUACACUUACUGAUAAAAGACGAGAUUUUCGUCUUCUUAUUGGUAAUCCUAGUGAUCCAACAAAGGCAUACGCAAAUCCAGUAUUUUGGUUUAAUACUCCAGUUGUUAUAGAGAAUGAAACAAACACAACAAUUGAUUAUUCAUUAACUAUCGAAAAUCCACGUGAUGGUUGGGAAGGUUUUCUUAUUCAAGUUAAUUUUCCUGGUCCUGAUGGAACUGUUUUAGAAUUAACUACUGAAACACAAAUUAUUCCAGAUACUUAUCCAACAAAUGAUUGUCAUGAUGAACAAUGUUUCGGUACACUUGUUUAA